UGCGUUCAAGUGCAGAGCGUCUACCUGUUACUGAGAAUGCGGGUGCUGCGUUCUAACGGAAUGCGAUGUGUUUUGAUGGUAUGCGACGUGUUCUGAUGGAAUACCGAGUCCCUCCCUUCCAAAGGAGAGGGUGAGAGAUGUUGGGAAGUACAGUCUUCGUCAUGUUUUACGGCUACAGCUUUAUUAAUCGAGCAAGUGAUAUUCCCUUGUUAUAUUGAUCUGAAAACAACAAAAAAUGCAUCUCUUCAGGAGUUACAAUUAUCGUGUUUACCCAGACCGCUACUCUAUGGAAACACCGAAAAUUCGAGGCAUCAGCUGGACACCACUCCCAGAGGCCCUUGACACCCAGGACACCAUGAAGCAGUUCCUCUCAGAUCGCAUCCUGAAAGCGGCCAGGUCAGUGUAUAGCGCCUUGAUCGAGCGCAACCCAGGCCUGAUCAGGGAUCGGAAGUACCACCUGAAGACCUACAGACAAUGCUCCACGGGGAAGGAGCUCGUUGAUUGGCUGAUGAAGUUGAGUGACUGUCUGCAGUCCCGGAGCCAGGCGGUGGGCAUGUGGCAGGUGCUGGUGGACGAGGGGAUACUUGUUCACGUUAAGCAAGAGCUGAACUUCCAGGAUAGAGACACCCAGUUCUAUCGCUUUCUUGAAGCGGAGUUUGGUUUGAACCACACAACCAAUGAGAAGGACUCAGAGGAGGAGCUUCAGGAGGGUUUGUCGCUAUUGGUCCAGAUGGGUCCAGAUGCACUUCUUACCAUGAUACUGCGCAAAAGUCCGAGUCAGAGAACAGCCGAUGACCUGGAGGUGAUCUACGAGGAGCUGCUCCACAUCAAGGCCGUCGCUCACCUCUCCAGCUCGGUGCGUAAGGAGCUGGCCGCCGUGCUGGUUUUCGAGUCCCACGCCAAGGCAGGAACCGUCUUGUUCAGCCAGGGGGACAAGGGGAACUCCUGGUACAUCAUCUGGAAGGGCUCCGUCAAUGUUAUCACACAUGGGAAAGGUCUGGUGACUACACUACAUGAGGGUGAGGACUUUGGGCAGCUGGCCCUGGUGAAUGACGCGCCCCGCGCAGCCACCAUCAUACUGCGGGAGGACAACUGCCACUUUCUGCGCGUGGACAAGCAGGACUUCAUACGCAUCCUCAAGGAUGUGGAGGCCAACACAGUGCGUCUGGAGGAACAUGGCAAGUCAGUGCUGGUGCUAGAAAAGAGCUGCGGCACUGAGUCAGCCAAUCAGGGAUCGUCAGGCAACAGUAACAAGUACACUGUGAUGUCAGGAACCCCAGAAAAGAUUCUAGAGCACUUUCUUGAGACUGUGAGGCUGGACACCAACAUCAGCGACCCCAUAGACCCCUGCGUGAGUGACUUCCUCCUGACUCACCAGGUCUUCAUGCCCUCCAGCCAGCUCUGCCCAGCCCUGCAGCACCACUACCACGUGGAGCCGUCUGAAGGCUCGGAGCUGGAGAAGGCGGCCUACUCCCUCAACAAGAAGCAGAAGAUUAUCCGGCUGGUGGCCCAGUGGGUGGUUCUGUACGGCCCGCUCCUCAAGGACGACCCACCCGCGCAGGAGUUCCUGGAGAAGCUGCGGGGAGAGGUGAUGGGAGACUCUCGGCUGUCCAGCAUGCUGAAGGAACAGCUACGGGACAGGAGAAGAACCCGAGUGCUGGAAAAUGGAUACCAAACACUCUCAAAGCUCAACCACCAAUUUGACUGGUUCUCCAAUCAUGAGGAGCCAGUGGGGAAGUGCCAGCCAAUCAGAGCGCAGGACAAAGUCCUGUAUGAGAUCUUCCGACUUGACCAUAGCUCCAUUACCCUGAUGCUCCCGGUCAAUACCUCUGUUCAGGACUUGAUGUCUUCCUUAGUCAACCCAGGAGGAGACCAUGUCCUGGUCAAAAUGAACUCUGCAGGAGACAGGGCACAGCUCAAACUGGAUGCCACGGCGGUCUACACAUCGCUGGGGGUCAACGAGAGGCUCUUCCUCUGCACUGCCAGUCAAGUGGAGCAGCUGAUGCCCCUGAAGGAGCAGCAGGGACCAGAAGUGGGGACCAUGGACACCCUGGAGCAGAUGAGCUCCAAGGACAUCGCCAGCCAGCUCAGCAACUAUGACUGGGAGCUGUUCGGAGCCAUGCACGAGGUGGAGCUGGUCUACUACAUUUUCGGCCGGCACAAGUUCCCGGGCACCACCACGGCCAACCUGGAGCGCUUCGUCCGGCGCUUUAACGAGGUGCAGUACUGGGUGGUGACCGAGCUGUGCCUCUGCGGGGACCUCGUCAAGCGUGCCGCCCUGCUGAAGAAAUUCAUCAAGAUCGCCAUCGUACUUAAGGAGCAGAAAAACCUCAACUCCUUCUUCGCAGUGAUGUUUGGACUGAGUAACAGCGCAGUGCAGAGGCUCUCCAAAACGUGGGAGAGAGUGCCAAGCAAGACAAAGAGGAUGUAUUGUGCUUACGAAAGAUUAAUGGAUCCCUCUCGCAACCACAGAGCGUACCGGCUCGCCGUCGCCAAACUCAGCCCGCCCUACAUCCCGUUCAUGCCCCUACUGCUUAAAGACAUGACUUUCAUCCAUGAAGGCAAUAAGAACUACGUUGAAAACCUGGUCAAUUUUGAGAAAAUGCGCAUGAUCGCCAAGACCGUGAAGAUCGUGCGAGAGUGCAGGAGCCAGCCUUACGUACCUGCAUCCCCACAGAAAGGCCUGACAGAUCGGAUGUUCCUGGACACUCCUGCAGUUCGAGUCUCCACCUAUUCUGAUCAGUCCCUCUCCCUGCGGAGUCCCACCAUCGUGCAUCAGUACAUCCAGAACCUCAAGGUGAUCGACAACCAGCGAACACUGACGCAGCUGUCCAGAGCGGUGGAGCGCUAGAGCCUGGGGCGGCCAUCUUUACCCUUCACUCAGCCCCAAAAACCAAAGGAGGAAGACUCGCAACGCGCACCUCCUCCCCCCUCCAGAGCUGAGCACCGCGGAGCUCUCUUUGUACAAAAGCAUUUGGGAAGACGCCACAGUGUUCAGUGUUCUACAGGUAACCCAGUGGACACAUUCAAGCUGGCCCUCGGAAUGCCCUGGAACGUGGCCAGGGCCUGAAAAACUGAUGUUGAAUACCUUUAUGCCCAGGGCCCAUAGUCUCUUGGCAACUGUACUGGAUUCAAAACAAAACUCAACAAGCAUCCCUAACUUCCCUGAAUGCUGGCUUCCUGCCACUGCUGUGUCCACAACUGCACUUCUGAUACAAGGAGAGACAAAAACCAAGAUGUAACCGGCCAUAAAUUCAUUCAUUUGUGAUAGCCGGAAUCUCAUUUUGUACAAAAAUAUUUCAUAUUUCAUACUAAAGGAAUUCCAGGAAUUGAUUGCCAAGGCCCACAAGUGCAGGAAUUUCCUCACUUAAUGGUUUCUAGAGCAAAACAAAGUGGCAUAACUUAAGCAAGCUACCUACCUAGUCAGCCCCGCUUUACUGAUCUGGGAGCUUGUCCAUUGCCAAAACCUGGGUAGUUUCCAAUUAGGUAUACACUGCUUAACUCAAAUUCAGAUUUAAUAUAUAAAUAUCACAAUACCAUUUUACAUAGUGGCUAGCUCCCACACUCGCCUGGCAAAGCUAUGAGCCACACAAAAAAAGCAGGACAACAUAAUCAAAGAAACAAUCUCUAAUUUUGUGAUAACUCACUAGCCAAAGGCCGCACCCCCUCUGUUAAACAGACUGUGUAAUUUCCCAGCUUCUCUCAGUACAAUGAGGGCAUUACAGAAACAUGUGAUGUUGUGGAAAUCCCUCUAAACUAACAGUCCAUAUGUUUACUUCUGUGGCCUACAUGUUAUACGGUCUUGUUUUCAGUCCAUUACAGCUGCCAGAGAGAAUAACGUCCCUCAGUGCCUUAGUAGAUGUUUCCGUCCUGAAUGACCGCUUACCCAAAAAAAGCUAUGCCCGUACUGCAACACACUACAUUAGUGAGAGUAACUACACCAUCGGCAUUAGCUGUUAUUUAUAUAUUAUCCAGUGCCGUAUUGUCAGCCAAUUUAACAGUGUUACUGCGAGCUCCAUCGCUAAGGAGGCUUUGAAGCACUGUGGGGAAACAUGUUCAGUUACCAGUAGUUUUCACUUUUUAUUAGAAAGAAAAUGCAUACAAGAACAGCACAACAUUUUGUAGUCUCACUUAAUAU